AUGGUUAUCAAUCGUUUCAAAGUCGCCGUCGCGGCUGCUUUGGCUGCUGGCUCGACUACCUUCGCUACUAAAGAAGAGGUCGGUUGCCAGUCUACUAAGGACGUCGAUGUUUACGACUACGUCAUUGUCGGGUCUGGUCCAGGAGGUGGUUCUCUUGCUGCAAACCUAGCUCAAGAGGGACACUCGGUUUUUCUCAUCGAGGCUGGAGGUGACAACCAUACCAGUCUCAACGAAGAAUUUCCCUUACUGGCCAGAACUGCUGCCGAGACGCCUGGCCACUCGUGGCAGUUCUUCGUUCAACACUACGAAGAUUUCGAAGCAGCCCGUCGCGAUCCCAAGUACACCUACAUCCAGACCAAUGGAUCCUACUAUGUUGGUCUUGACCCACCCGAGGGAGCCAAACCUGCUGGUCUGUAUUAUCCUCGCGGCUCGACACUGGGUGGCAGUGCACAGGUCAAUGCUAUGAACUUUGCCUGGUCUCCUGACAACGAGUGGGAUUACAUUGCGAAUAUCACAGGCGACAAAUCUUGGGGUCAUGAACAUAUGCGACGUCAUUUGAUGAACCUCGAGAACUGUACCUAUGUUCCCGAGGGCAGCCCUGGCCAUGGCUUCGAUGGAUAUCUGGUGAACGACCUAAGCAACGCGACCGUCAGGCUCGGUAACCCUAACGUCGCCAACCUCUACCAGCAGAUGUUCCGCGAAGUAGAAGGCAUCGACGUCGAAGAUAUCACUGAAAUGACCGACCUCUUCACUCGUGACCUCAACGGCCCUGACCCCGACCGCUACAAGAAUGGUCAAUUGUUCAGCACCCCCAGCGCGAUCGAUCCCAGCACCGCAGCUAGAAGCGGCGGUGGCAUCUACAUCAACAAGGUCAUCGACGCCGGCCAUCCUCUGACUGUCAGCUUCCACUCCCUCGCCACAAAAGUCCUCCUCAAGCAGGGAAAGAACAAGAAGCCCAAGGCAUUUGGCGUUGAGUACAUGGUCGGAGAAGGCCUGUACUCUGCUGAUGGGCGCUACGAUCCCGAGCAGAAGGGUGAGGUGAAGAAGGUUUUUGCUAAGCAUGAAGUUAUUGUGUCGGGCGGUACAUUCAAUACCCCUCAGAUUCUCAUGCUUAGUGGUAUUGGGCCGAAGGAGGAGCUGAAGGCCUGGGAUAUCCCCGUCGUCGUCGAUCUCCCUGCUGUUGGCUCCAACCUGCACGACAACUACGAAGUUCCCCUGCAAAUACGCGCCGAGCAGAACUGGUACGAGACCCCUGAGUCGCCGUGCACCGGUGCUUUCAACGACUCAGACCCCUGCUUCGUCCAGUGGCGCGACAACGCUGCCGGUCCCUACGCCGCUCGCGACAGCACCUACGGCGCCAUCUGGCGAACGAGCCAAAGCUGGGAUGAAGACGCAGACCUCAUGUUCCUCAGCGGGCCCGGCCUCUCAGGCCUAGUCGGUUUCUACCCUGGCUACUCCAGAGGCGAACUCUCUGGCGAAGACCCGAUGUACUGGAUGCACGCUGUGGUAAAGAUGCAAACAUCCAACAGCGCCGGCACAGUCCGUCUCAACUCUUCCGAUCCACGAAUCCGCCCCAACAUUAACUUCAACUACUUCUCCGAAUCCGGCCCGCGCGAUCUAGACGCUAUCGUCGAAGGUAUCGAGAUGCUUCGCCGCGCAUUUGACGCCACUGGUAUUCCGUACACACAGCUUAGUCCCGAUCCCGAGAACAUGAGGCAGGGUAUUCAGGAUACGGCGUUCAGCCACCAUGCUUCUUCGACAUGCGCUAUGGGCAAAGACAAGGAGAACUCUUGUGUGGACUCGAGGUUCAAAGUUUGGGGCGUUGAGAAUUUGAGAGUUGUUGAUGCUUCAGUGUUUCCCAGAAGCCCUGGUGGUAUGCCUAAUGGACCUACCUGGACUAUCUCCAGGAAGGCUUUUGAGACGCUUUUGGAGGAUAACCAUAAGCCUAAGAAUGGGACUGGUAAGUGGUAG